AUGAAGGACACCACAGUCGACACCGAGGUCUCGCUCGACAACGCCAAGCUGCCUCCGGGCUGGGACGACCCGCACAAGGCAGCUCUGGAAGACAACCCCGAUCGCGUGGAAAAGCUCACGCUCUCUGUCGUCCUAUCUGCUCUGUUCCUCGGCACCUCCUUCACAGGCCCCAUCAUCUUCGGCUUCAUCACCGUGACCCCGAUCCUCGUGCAGCUCGGAGAAGAGAUCGGGGGUGCCAGCAUCAGCUUCUGGAUCCCGUCGGGAUGGGGCGCCGCCGCGGCCGUCGGCUUUACCAUCGCAGGGCGACUUAGCGACAUCUUCGGCCGCAGAUACGUGAUCCUAUCCGGGCAGCUCCUGACCGUCAUCGGCGGCGCCAUCGCCGGCUCGGCCAACUCGAUGAACCAGCUGAUCGCGGGCGAGGUCGUCCUGGGCGCGUCCAUCGGCACCGUGUCUGUUGCCUACGCAGUGGGACCCGUGCUAGGUCUCUCUGAGAUCUUGCCAAACAAGUACCGCGGCGUGGGCCUCGCAUGGACCGAGUUCAACCUCGCCAGCUGGGCGGUGCCCAGCACGCUCCUGGCCAAUGCCCUGAUCUCCAACGCGUCGUGGCGCAUCAUGUUCUGGCUGGCCAUCGGCUUCGGCGCGUUCUCCUUCAUUGGGACUUUCUUCGUCUACUUUCCGCCGUCGCACCCUCGCCCUGAUGGGAAGACCAAGUGGCAGGAACUCAAGGAGCUUGAUUUCGUGGGCGCAUUCCUUUUCAUUGCGGGCCUUGUCGUGUUUCUUUACGGCCUGAGUUCUGGGGGAACUUCGUACCCAUGGGACGCCGCCGGCACCCUGCUGCCCUUGAUCUUGGGACUGGUGGUCUUCCUCAGCGCCUUCAUAUACGAUUUCCUUGUGCCUAAGGAUCCACUGUUCCCAUGGUACCUGUUCCGCAUGUUCCGCGAGUUUUCGUCGCUCAUGGUGCUCGUCUUCGUAGCCGGAAUGGUCUUCUUCGCUGCUUCGGCCUUGAACGCCCAGACGAUUUUGUAUCUGCACACAGCUGAUCCAGUCAAGAUUGGCCUUUACUCCCUACCUUCGGGCUUUGGCCAACUCGUAGGCGGCGUCAUCAUCCCCGGCCUCGUGCACUACAUCAAAUACGUGCAUUAUCAACUGACCUUCGCCGACUUCAUUCAAACCCUCUUCUUCGGGCUCGCAGCCCUCUGCACCCCCACAAACAUCAACUGGCUCAUGGCCGUGCAGUUCCUCGCCAUGCUGCCCUUCGGCUGGAUCACGCUCAACUGCUACACCGUCGCCACGCUCAACGUCCCGCAGCGCGAUCUCGGAGUCGCCGUCGGCCUCAUCGGGACUUUCCGCUCCGUAGGCGGGUCCAUCGGCUCCGUCAUCUUCUCGUCGAUCUUCAACCAGGUCGCGCGGAAGGAGGUCGCCAAGCGGAUCGCCGCCGCGGCCGCGGACGGUGGCGUCGCGGCCGAGGCGGUCCCGGGGCUGAUCGAGACGGCGAGGCUGACGAUCCUCGGGGUCCCGGGCCUCGCGGCUACGCUGCCGGAUGUUCCCGCCUCGGUCUUUGAGUCGUGCGUCACGGCGGCCCGGUACGGGUAUGCGUAUGGUUUCCGGCUCACGUGGUUGGCGUCGAUUCCGUUUGGGAUCCUCGCGACGGCUUGUGCGAUCGUGGUCAAGGACCCGUCAAAGUAUUUUACGAAUCAUGUUGAGGUGCACCUGGAGAAGGAUAUUGGCGGGAAGGCGAAGGGGGAGAAAGUCGAGAUGAGCGGGUCUUAG